UGGCGAAGUAGCGCACCAUCCACAAUGUCAGAAGUCAACUGCACUACUGCACUCCCUUUUUUAAGAGCUCCAGAAAUGUCAUCGCCCCACCCACCCAAUCCCCCCGUUGCUUCGCUGUUGAAAAUUUUAACCAAGAACGUUCCCGAAAUUAUCAUCCCUUUCUACUAUUUUCUUCUUUGUCAUAUUGGCUGAGAAGAACCAGAGAAGAUUCCUUUCCAGUUUCCGCCCACGAUUAAUCCAAGCCAGAGUAAUAAGGACACCAAUUUCCCCAUCAGCAGCAGCAGCAGCUGAUUCAUUUGAUUUGUUCUGGACAAUUAUUGUGUGAGUAUUCAGAAACCCAAAGAAAAAACGGAAAAAACUUCGAGGAGGAGGAGAAGAUGGUAGCCGAAGGCGAGAUUGUAGUGCAAAAGAGCAUCCUUGUGUUGGAUGUCCCCUCUUCUGACAUGGAUGUUAAACCCCAGGAUGCAGCAGCUGUUUUGCAGUUCGUUCCGAGCAUCAGGUCCGGCAGUUUUUCAGAUAUUGGGCCAAGAAGAUACAUGGAAGAUGAGCACAUCAGAAUAGAUGAUCUAUCUACGCAUCUCGGCUCACUCUUCACGUUUCCAAAACCCAGCGCUUUCUAUGGGAUAUUUGAUGGACAUGGAGGAGCUGAAGCGGCAGCUUAUGUCAGAAAGAAUGCCAUAAGAUUCUUUUUCAAAGAUGCUAACUUCCCCCAAACUUGUGAGGGAGUGGAUGAUGCUUUCUUGGGAGAGCUUGAAGACAGUCUGCGCAGAGGGUUUCUUCUUGCAGACCUUGCUCUGGCUGAUGAGUGUAGUAGUGUUAGCAGCUCUUCUGGAACAACUGCACUCACUGCCCUUGUCUUGGGAAGGCUAUUAAUGGUAGCGAACGCAGGAGACUGUCGAGCAGUUCUUAGCAGGAAAGGGGAGGCAUUCGAUAUGUCUCAAGACCACAGACCUAAUUACUCUCUAGAGAGAACAAGAGUGGAAGAGUUGGGUGCCUUCAUUGAUGAUGGUUACCUGAACGGUGUUCUGUCAGUGACUCGGGCCUUGGGUGAUUGGGACAUGAAGCUGCCUCAUGGGUCUCAAUCCCCUCUCAUCGCAGAGCCUGAACUGAAACAAAUUCUUCUUACCGAGGAUGAUGAGUUCCUCAUAAUCGGUUGUGAUGGGAUAUGGGAUGUGAUGUCAAGUCAAGAAGCAGUCAGUCUUGUGAGACGUGGGCUGAGGCGGCACGAUGACCCUGAACAGUGUGCGAAAGACCUGGUCAUGGAGGCCCUGCGGUUAAACACGUUUGAUAAUCUAACAGUGAUCAUUGUUUGUUUUACUUCCUUCGAACAUCUUGAACUGUCCCCAACAGCCAACAUCUUGUGAGACGUGGGCUGAGGCGGCACGAUGACCCUGAACAGUGUGCGAAAGACCUGGUCAUGGAGGCCCUGCGGUUAAACACGUUUGAUAAUCUAACAGUGAUCAUUGUUUGUUUUACUUCCUUCGAACAUCUUGAACUGUCCCCAACACGCCAUCCAAGGUUAAGGUGUUGCCACUUUUCCCCGGAGGCCAUAUGCAACCUUCGGAGCUUGCUAAAUGGUAGUAAUGGCAGUGCCUGACUGUAGAGUGUUGCUGAAUAAAGCUGUUUGUGAAAUAGCAGUUUUGGAAGGGGGUGGAGAGUGUACAUGAGAAUUGGUUUGGGGAAAUAGUGUAACGUAAGAUGAAUGACUCUUGUAGUGUGUUUUACCUGAGGUAGGUAGAUGCACAGCUUGAUAUCCAUUUCUUUUGUAAUUUAUGAUCUUAUUGUACAUAUAGUAAGAAGCAAAUAUGUAAUAACACUCUGCUCUUUGCCUGGGAAAAAACAUUUCUUCCCCUCUAUGGUUAGAUGUGAGAAAGAUACUGUUCUCAUAGUUUCCUUUUAUUAUGGCAUACUUUGUUGUAUGUUGACUUAUUUGAUUACCCAUUUUUCUGUUCCAUACUGUUAUUUUGAUGAUAAUUUAUACAUUGCA